AUGCAGCUAUUUGAGAAUUUGCCAGACAAUCUCCGAAGACUUUUGUAUACAAGAAAGGUCAAAAGGCGGUCAACCACGCUCUUUCAACCCGAUGAGUAUUGGAGGGAAUAUAUCUUGCGGGUGCACACUCCGUUCCGCGAGGAAAACGAUUCUCUGUUCUUGCUCCUACUCGAACAUGGCGCUGGCAUCGACAGUACCUUCGCCACUGGCGCAACCCCGUUGUGGGUUGCAGUGAACCAGCCAAAUACACACCUUUCUCAACGCUUGAUAGCCAAUGGGGCUGACGUCCAUUUUGCUAAUGAUGCCGGCAACAUAAUUCUGCAUGUAGCCGCGACUGGUUACAACGAGGAGGUUAUCCGCUUUCUUCUUGUCAAGGGAACAAAUGUUCACUUGAAGAAUGUCGUAGGGUGGUCUCGACGAAUACCAAAGCCAGCAACUGUGGGCCAGUACCGAAUCCACAUCAUUACAAAAUUCAGUGCCUAUGUGGCAUUGGCGUUCGAUAUGAACAAGUUAGACGUAUUUCGGGACAAUUCAUUAUUGAUUUUGAUCAUUACUGUUGAGCAGUCCAUAUCUGCGCAUAUUACGGAAUACGCUGAGGCGAUAAAGCUUCAAUAUACACAUCUGGUGACUGGCCUUGCACACGCCAGAGACAGCUCCAGUUUAGGUCGCAUUGUCGCAAAGAAAGAAGUAAUGGGCGGAUAUGUAAAUGGAAUGGAAGCAGCCCUACCUAUUAUCUCUUCCUAUUCUCGUGUCUCGUACAUAGUCAUAUGCCGCUUGAUGCACUGGAUGCAUCUGCGUGCGCAAUUCAGGCAUACCAUACCCAUGUCCCUCAACAGAAUUAUGAGGCAGACUCCCGAGAAGCAAUUCAAAUGUGCUGUUUGUGACCGCUUGUUUACUCGUAUUGACCACCUGAAACGUCACCAGCUCCGCCCGAUAACUUGCGUGAUCAUUAUAAUGAUUGUCCUCAGCGUGGGGAUCGUCUUAUUCCGGAGACUAGCCAAAGAGGCAGGAGACGUCAUGCUUGUGAAUCUGAAAGUUCCCUCUUUCCCCCCCUCACGAUCUCCCAGAUUUAACUCAACGAAAUCUGACGACUUUGAUCAGACUUAUGAGCGAGGCUCAGUUAAGUUUUUACUCAAUGGAGGCACUGAUAGCUUUAUAAAAGGCUUCCAUCUCCCCUCCCGCCAUGACAAAGCCCAACCUCUUUCCUGGGCUGGGAGUGGCCAUAGCCAUAAUGUGGGAAACGUGAACCAAGCCAUGAGUACGCGGAAUGCUGCCAAUUUGCCAAAUAGCGAUCAUACCAAUCAUCCUGAGUCGGGUAUCGAGAGCCAGCCUGUGGAUGUCGCAUUUUACAAUGACGGUUUUCUUCAGUUUUUUAACCAAUGCAACAACAGUACUCGAUUUCAUCCGGACGAAACCUCCACUUCAUUCACUCAACCAUCCGCGACUUCCAUUCAGGAUUUUACCCUAACAUCUUCCACUGACCCAUAUUUUGAGCCAGAAAGUCAUUACUCGACGAACUUGAUACAGUCGAUCCUGUCAAAAUCAUGGGAGUUGGGAUUUGAUGAUAUGACGUCAAUGGGGAUUGCGCAAGAGCUACGAUCCUUGUUAAUGACCCAAAGAAUCCAAAAAUUUAUCUCCCUCUACUUUGAUCACUGGCAAAGUAACUGUCCAAUGAUACAUCAGCCGACAUUCAAUCCCGAAGCAACAGCAUCUCCGCUUCUUGCUGCCAUGGUCCUUAUGGGAGCUACGUAUUCAGAGAAUGCGACCGAAAAACUUACUGCGAAAAAGAUGUUCGAUCUAAUAGAGGCUUACGUUUUCUCCACCGACGUAUAUUCCCAAGACUUUGAUAUUGCUCAAUCAUAUAAGACCACCCAAUGUCAAGUCGAUGUAAAGACGGACUGGAGGAGCUUUGAAAAUUUCCAAGCGGGAUAUUUGAUGUUUUUGGUACAAUACUGGGGAGGAACUAGGACUGCGAUGAAUCGAAUGGUAGAGGUUAGGUUGGGGGAGAUAGUCAAGGUUGCACGUCAAAUGCGAUUGACGAAAUGUAGACAUGGCCUCGAAGAGCAAAUGGAUGAGUGUCUUUGGCUCCAGAAAGAGUGUCGGAUAAGACACCCAUUCCUGGAGCCAAACUUCCGACUCAGCCGCGAGAUGACCGUGUACCAGGCUUUUCAAAAUCUGUUCGUGGAAAAUGGGCCUGUCCGGCCCCUUUUCGUUGACCACUGCACAAACAAAUUACACUUAGGGAUAAUGGACAUGUUCCACCUCAUCCACCGGGAACCAAAGCUCAUAUUCGCAGUGAUAUUCGCUCACAUCCAUCUGGUUAUAAACCUGUCGAUGCCGCGAUUUGGAAACGGAAACGCAAAUCAACAAGAGUUGACCACUGUUAGUGGCAUAAAGGUCGCUCUUGAACACUGGCGGUCGUUGUGGAUCUCCCUUCGCACGGAGCUUCAUGGCGAUGAGUGGGAAGGGGUGGGGUUCUUUAGAGGAGCCUACAAUUUCUGGCUCGUAUCUCAGUUGCUCAUUAGCAAGAGUGCUAGCGUGGAUAUUCUGAUGAAAAUGGAUAUCAAUUGCGAGGACAAGCUAAGCCAACUGAAGGCCCUAAUAGCGGACGACUUUGAUUAG